AUGUUGGUCCGCAGUUCUUUGUCUGAAACAGUGCGCCAUAUUUUAUCAAGAAUGUUCGUUAAUAGUGUCUUAUCGCAAUAUUCAUUUGUUGGCCAAAAAAAGAAAUUGGCAUUUUCUUCCUUAAAUGCCUGUUCAGUUAUAUUUGAUGCAAUAAGAAACAUCAAGCAAUUUAAAGAUGUCCCAUCUUUAAAUAUAGAAAAACCACUCAAAGAUUAUUUAGCAGGAGCUAAGUUCAGGGAUUUAAAAAGAAAAAAUAAAGAAGAUAACAAUGCUAUUUUGAUUUAA